CGCGAGAGGCGACUGACAGGGUCGGGUAGCCAUGAUCCUGACAUGGUUAAUGCGUCCUUUUAUACAGUACACUGACACUGGGUGUGGCAUUAUAUCUUGUAGAUGCUAUUUUUUUUGCGUUACAAGCCCCUGUGUUGGGCCGCACAGUUUUAAGAAUGCACCCUCAAGAUACUUGCACUAAUCGACCCGUCUUUUUUUUAGCAGAAAUGGCAGGGUAUGUGUGCAACAUCUCCUAGUUACCGAGGCCCAUCCCGCUACACCUCGGCACACCUCGGCACACGCCAUUGAGGCUUCGAUUGUCCUCGUGUGAAUGGAGUCCAGUGGGGCCCGCGAUUAGAAAAAAAGAAUCGACCGAACAUCCACGAAGUCCGACUCAGUGGCCUGGAACAACUGGAGAUUAAACUCACUCCGCUUCUGGAACCGGUGAUAUGAUCGUUGGAAUAUUCUCCUGGAAACAGUUAACUCAAAUGAUUGCCAUCGAGCCCCGACGAAAGAAGUUUCUUCUGCUUCUGGGUGUUGCCAUAGUAACAACUGCGUACCUAUCGUGGCCAUACAGUGUGUUGAAUGAAGAAACGAGUCAGCAUGCUUCAGGAUCUAUGUCACGUUUAUCGUUGAUUGGUGUAAAAAAUACAUAUGAGCUUGAUGAAACGGUCAAAGUAAACAUUGUUCUAUUCGACCACUACAAGAGACCAAAAAUACGUGGAGGUGACAUGUUAGUCGUGUGGAUGAAAGAUCCCCAACAUGGCGCUGCUUCCGCCGGAACUGUUAUCGACCACGGGAAUGGAACGUAUACUGGAGUUCUGCGCACCUUGUGGACAGGAAGAGCCAUCAUUCGGGCAGCUAUGAUUUCAUCCAGAGAACGAAUGGCGCACAUAUAUCGCUCAUUCCAGAAUGGAUAUUUUGGGAGAAACAUUGCCUGUACAUUCAUAUCAAAUACUGCAACUGAAACCACAAGUGGAUAUAUGGAUAUGAGAUAUGUGAAAAAACGCCCUUUUUGUAAUCUGACUGCCGACUAUUUUGGCGUCCCAUUCUACUGUGAGAAACCAAACACAAAGGGGAUUAGGUGUCAUGACUGGACUGAAACCGAUUCACCUAACACCUAUAUGACCUUUGGAGCUGACACGAGAUGGUUUGAAGUAUGGACUUCUACAGAGUACCUGUUGGACUCUACCACAAUACAUAUAUCGUCCAACAGACACGAGAAAGAACUCACAGUGUCUCCCUCCAUCCCUUGUGGCCGGAGGAACUUCCGGGAUACUUGGUUGGCAACGCCACCUGUCGGCUACUCCUACAACAACACGUGGCGUCCUCUAUCGUGUUGGAACAGCGUCCCCGUUGACACGUACAAUCAAUGCCUGGCCAACAGAACUCUUAGCUUGUUUGGCGACUCCACCGUAAGACAAAUGUUUGGAGGUCUUUAUUCGAUGCUGGGUUUCACUAUCACAAGAGGUCCACCGGAGGGUAAAAGAAGCAGGAAAAGAAACUUUUACCAAGGUCCAACAGUGUGUGAGGCACACCACAGCAAAUAUAACUAUACAGUACAUCUGCUCCCUCAUGGGUUGCCAAUGUGGUUUUACAAAAGUAACAGAACAAUCACUCGGCCAGUGUUUGCUCACUUAGACGCCAUACCUCCUGGAUCAACAGAUAUAAUACUUAUUCAUAUGUAUGCGCAUUUCCAUUUCACCCCCAUCCACAUCUACAGAGAUCGUGUCCACAGAACUAGACUUGCCAUAGAAAACCUACUUAAACGAUCUCCUGGUGUCACAAUUGCCAUCAAAGGUCCGCAUAAAUUUUCCGUACCCAAACCAAUAACACCCCUUGGGGGUAUGUGGGGACCUGCUUAUGAAAACAUCCUUAAAAGGGAGUUUGUAAAUCUUUAUGACCGGGUGCUGUAUCUCGACGUCUGGGACAUGACAGUUGCAUUUGAAAAUGAAGAGACGCACCCUCAUGCUUUCCUGGUUAACAUAAUGCUCAACGUGUUUUUAGGCUAUAUAUGUGGGAAAUAAACACGUAUAUGUAAUUUAAUUAGUAUUUUAUCCUUAAAAAAUAAAAAUUGAUAGAACUCAAAUUUUUUAUUCAUUUUGUAUUUGGGGGCACGGGUGGACCAGUCGUCUAAGACGCCG